AUGACCACGGCGGGUGUUUUUGUGCUACUCUCCUUUGUGCUUUGCUGCUUCCCAGACGCUGCCUUUGGGGUUGAGGUGGACUGCAGUACGUACCCCAACACUACAAAUGAGGAAGGCAAAGAGGUGUUGGUCUGCGCCAAGAUCCUUAGCCCCAUCUGCGGUACUGAUGGAGUCACCUACAGUAAUGAGUGCCUGCUCUGUGCCCACAACAUAGAAAAUGGAACCAAUGUUGGCAAAGACCACGAUGGAAAAUGCAAGGAAGCUGUCCCUGUGGACUGCAGUAGGUAUCCCAACACAACAGACGAGGAAGGUAAAGUGGUGUUGCUCUGCAACAAAGAUGUCAGCCCCAUCUGUGGGACUGAUGGGGUCACCUACGACAACGAGUGCCUGCUGUGUGCCCAUAACCUGUGA